AUGAGUGAUGGAAAAUCAACCAACGUGGCCGUCGACGAUCCUGCCGUCGAGUUUGGCGUCGCCGGCCAUGGACAGGGCCUGGAAGUCCCCGAGGUUACCUGGUACAAAGAACCAGGUCUCAGGCGUCUGUACGCUCUGAUGCCCAUUCUCAUGCUGGGUUCGACGAUCAACGGCUAUGACGGAUCGCUCUUGAAUGGACUGCAGACCAUGGAACCGUGGAGGACCUAUUUCGGGAACCCGAGCGGAUCCACCCUUGGACUAUACACGGCCGUUAUGAACAUUGGAGGAGUGACGGCUUUGUUGUUUGCUGCUGUCAUUGCCGAUACCCUUGGAAGGCGUUGGGGAGUCUCCAUCGGGCUAGUAGCUGUCCUCGUCGGUACAGUCAUGCAGGCUGUUCCGGGCGUCAACGAAGGCCUUUUUAUCGGCGGCCGCUUCCUGGUGGGCUUGGGCUCAAACGUUUCCCAGGGCUCUGCGCCGCUUCUGAUCGUUGAACUGGCCCACCCGCAGCACCGCGGAAAGUUGACGACCAUGUACAACACGCUGUGGUACGUGGGAUCCAUCGUUGCGGCGUGGACUGUUUUCGGCACCAUCAACUACACCUCGGACCUCGCGUGGAGGAUCCCGGUUGCCGUGCAGGCCGCCAUGCCAGUGGUUCAGCUGAUCGGCAUCUGGUUCGUUCCGGAGAGCCCCAGGUGGCUGUGUAGCAAAGAUAGGCCAGACGAGGCAUUCCAGACGUUGGUCAAGUACCACGCAAAUGGAAAUGCCAGCGACACCUUUGUCCAGGCCGAGUUUCACGAGAUCCAACACACCAUCCGGCUGGAGAAGGAGACCGCCAGCGGGUGGGCCACCCUUUUGGCAACCCCAGGAAACCGCAAGCGCAUGUUGCUGGUCGCUCUGGUGGCCUUUUUCUCGCAGUGCAGCGGCAACGGCCUGGUCAGCUACUACCUGCAUUCGAUCCUCCUCAGCGUCGGCAUCACAAAGUCCUACGACCAGAGCUUGAUCAACGGGGGUUUGCAGAUCUGGUCUUUCCUCGUUGCUAUCGGUUUCUCGGUAUUCCUGGUCGACAGGCUUGGCCGCAAGACGCUGUUCAUGAUCGCGGGUGUUGGCAUGCUGGUUACAUUUAGUGUUUGGACAGGGUGCUCGGCCUACUAUGCAAACUCGGGAAGCAAAGAGGCCGGCAGCGCCGUCAUCGCCAUGAUUUUCCUCUUCUACGGCGUCGCCGGCUUCGCGUGGCCCGGCUUGACGGUAUCGUACAUUGCCGAGAUCUUACCCUACAACAUCCGCGCCAAAGGCAUGUCCGUCGGCUUUGCCAUCUCGGCCAUCUCGAGCGUCUUCAACCAGUACGUCAACCCCAUCGGGCUCGAGGCGCUGCAGUGGAGGUACUACUUCUUCUACAUUGCCAUUCUCGUGUGCGAGGUCCUUGCCAUUUGGUUCAUCUUUGUCGAGACCAAGGGCCCCACCCUCGAGGAGAUUGCCGAGCUGUUUGACGGCGCCGACGCAAAGGUGGCCAAGGGCGGCUCGACGCAGACGAAACUGGAGCAGGCCAAGGUCGACCACAUCGAGGGAUAA